AUGCCGAAGCCGCCGUUACUGUUGCGGGGGAGCCGCCCCGGGGACAGCGAGCUGGGGCGGCAGUUCCGGGACUGGUGCCUGCGCACCUACGGGGACUCGGCCAAAACCAAGACGGUGACCCGGAGCAAGUACCAGCGCAUCGCCGAGGUGCUGCAGGGGGGAACCGGCUCCGGCGGCGGCUCCGGCGGGGGGGAGAAAGGCAAGUUCCAGUUCUGGGUCCGGUCCAAAGGCUUCCGCCUGGGAAACGGCACCAGGGAGGCGACGAAGAUGGGUCAAGUGGUGGUAUAUGUGCCGGUGAAAACGGGAACGGGGGCAGAUGGACUGUCGGAGCCCGAGGGCAUCUCUCUGAAACGCGUGGCUGUGGUGGAAGAUUUCUUUGACAUCAUCUACUCGAUGCAUGUGGAAAGCUCGUCGGAGCCGGGCAAAGCACCCAAACAUGCCGGGCAGAAGAAAACCUACCGAGCGAUUGCAGAGACCUAUGCUUUCCUCCCGAGAGAAGCUGUGACCAGGUUCCUGAUGAGUUGCACUGAGUGCCAGAAGAGGAUGCAUUUCAACUCCAAUGGCCUGGAGCCCAAAGAGAGCGAGCCACCUUCCUCCUUGGUUUCUGGGAUCAUUGACUACAACAUGCCCCUCACCUCGACUUACCUGAAGCAGAUGAAACUGCGGGUGAUGAAUUCACAGGAGCAGGAUGAGACGUCGGUGAGCAGCGAGGACUUUGAUAUGAACGACUCCACAUGGAUCUCAGCUGACCAGCACCUGAACUCCAGCCUGAGCCCCAGCCAGGACGAGAGCAUGCGUAGCCCACAGAACCUGCACGGCCAUGAGGAUGAUGACUCCUCGUCAGAGAGCUGCAGUGGGAAUGGCUCCUCCACCCUGAACCCCUCCACCUCCAGCAGCACGCAGGGCGACAGUGCCUUCCCCGAAAUGAACGGCAAUGGCACCGCAGCCCCCAUGGAUUUCACCGCCUCAGCUGACGACCAGCCCAUCAACCUCUGCGACAAGCUCACACCUGCCCACAUCACCCCUUCCUACCAGUCUGACAGCUGCAGUGCCGACGGGCUGCGCAGCAGGGUCAAGUACGGGGUCAAGACCACAGCAGAGUCCCCCCCAUACAGCUCUGGCAGCUAUGAUUCCAUCAAGACAGAGGUGAGCGGCUGCCCCGAGGACCUGACUGUCGGCAGGGCCCCCACAGCUGAUGAAGAUGAUGAUGACCAUGACGACCAUGAAGACAAUGAUAAGAUCAAUGACUCAGAGGGGAUGGACCCAGAGAGGCUAAAGGCCUUCAAUAUGUUCGUGCGCCUUUUUGUGGAUGAGAACCUGGACCGGAUGGUUCCCAUCUCCAAGCAGCCCAAGGAGAAGAUCCAGGCCAUCAUCGAGUCCUGCAGCCGGCAGUUCCCCGAGUUCCAGGAGCGGGCGCGCAAGCGCAUCCGCACUUACCUCAAAUCCUGCCGUCGCAUGAAGAAGAACGGGAUGGAGAUGACCAGGCCUACUCCACCUCACCUGACCUCAGCCAUGGCAGAGAACAUCCUGGCCGCUGCCUGCGAGAGCGAAACACGGAAAGCAGCCAAGAGGAUGCGGCUGGAGAUCUACCAGACCUCCCAGGACGAACCGAUCGCUCUAGAUAAGCAGCACUCCAGAGACUCCACAGCCAUCACCCACUCCUCCUACUCACUGCCAGCUUCAUCUUACUCCCAAGACCCAGUGUACAUCAAUGGAAGCCUGAACUACAGUUACCGUGGCUACGGGUCCCUGGGGGGCAGCCUGCAGCCCCCCUCAUCCCUCCAGACAGGCAACCACAGUAAUGGUCCGACCGAUCUCAGCAUGAAAGGUGGGGCCUCCAGCACAGCCCCCUCCAACAGCACCAGCCGGGGCAUGCAGGCAGCCCAGCUGAGCCCCACGGAGAUCAGCGCCGUGCGGCAGCUCAUCGCCGGGUACCGGGAGUCGGCGGCAUUCCUGCUCCGCUCUGCAGACGAACUGGAAAACCUCAUUUUACAGCAGAACUGA